UUCUUCUCCUCCCUCGUCGCCGCCGCCGCCGCCGCUGCCGCCGCCGCCUCAGCCUUCGCCUCAGCCGCCGCCGCCGCCCGCUCCCGCCCGCGCGCGGCGGGAUGGACGAUCAAUCCAGGAUGCUGCAGACUCUGGCCGGGGUGAACCUGGCCGGCCACUCGGUGCAGGGGGGCAUGGCCCUGCCGCCUCCCCCGCACGGCCACGAAGGGGCGGACGGCGACGGCAGGAAGCAGGACAUCGGCGACAUCCUCCACCAGAUCAUGACCAUCACCGACCAGAGCUUGGACGAGGCGCAAGCAAAGAAACAUGCCCUGAACUGUCACAGAAUGAAACCCGCGCUCUUCAGCGUCCUGUGUGAGAUCAAAGAGAAAACAGGUCUCAGCAUCAGAGGAGCCCAGGAGGAGGACCCUCCCGAUCCCCAGCUAAUGAGACUGGACAAUAUGCUUUUGGCAGAAGGGGUUUCAGGUCCUGAGAAAGGUGGGGGAUCGGCGGCAGCAGCUGCAGCCGCGGCAGCCUCUGGAGGUUCUUCAGAUAACUCUAUUGAACACUCAGAUUACAGAGCCAAAUUGACCCAGAUCAGACAAAUCUAUCACACAGAACUGGAGAAAUAUGAACAGGCAUGUAAUGAAUUCACUACACAUGUGAUGAACCUUCUCCGAGAGCAGAGUAGAACACGUCCCAUUUCCCCAAAAGAGAUUGAAAGAAUGGUGGGCAUCAUCCAUCGAAAAUUUAGUUCCAUUCAGAUGCAGCUCAAACAAAGCACUUGUGAAGCAGUUAUGAUUUUAAGAUCAAGGUUCCUUGAUGCCAGACGAAAAAGGCGUAACUUCAGUAAACAGGCCACAGAAAUCUUGAAUGAAUAUUUUUACUCACACCUCAGUAACCCCUACCCCAGUGAAGAAGCCAAAGAGGAGCUGGCCAAGAAAUGCAGCAUCACAGUGUCACAGGUAUCCAACUGGUUUGGCAACAAACGAAUCAGGUACAAGAAGAAUAUCGGCAAGUUUCAGGAAGAAGCCAACCUCUAUGCCGCAAAGACUGCCGUGACGGCCGCACACGCAGUCGCCGCCGCCGUUCAGAACAACCAGACCAAUUCGCCCACCACGCCAAAUUCUGGUUCUUCUGGUUCUUUUAACCUCCCAAAUUCUGGGGACAUGUUCAUGAACAUGCAGAGUCUGAAUGGGGAUUCUUACCAAGGGUCCCAAGUCGGAGCCAAUGUGCAAUCACAGGUGGAUACCCUCCGUCAUGUUAUCAAUCAGACGGGAGGCUACAGUGAUGGUCUUGGAGGAAAUUCACUGUACAGUCCACAUAAUUUAAAUGCUAAUGGAGGCUGGCAGGACGCAACAACUCCAUCUUCUGUGACUUCCCCUACAGAAGGCCCAGGAAGCGUGCACUCGGAUACCUCUAACUAAUUUCCGGCAACACUUUUCCCUGAGCUGACAUGCCUCGAUAAGUGCAUUCAGAGCAAUAGGAGGAAAAGGAAAGCGUUUUUGUAGCCCACCGUCUACAGCUUUACUGUAAAACCUUGUCUUAUUAGAGAACUUGGUAAAUCAGUUUUUUAAGGAAUCAUAAUCAUUUGUAUUUAUACUUAAAAACACACAAUGUUAAAAAAGCACUUUAUCCAAUUAGGCCAAGAUUUAACAUUGUUGACAGUCCUGUAGCUAUUUUAUCAUAAUUUAUUAUCGAUAUUUUACAUUAAUGGUCUCACAGUUGCCAAUUACUUGGCCUUAAGGGUAAAAAGUACAAUAUAUGCUAAACCUCAAUCGUUAAAGCAGAUGCAAAGAUUCACCUCACCUAAAUUGACUUUCUCGCAUAUUUCCAUCGCAGACUUUGAUUGUCUUUCUUUCAUAUCGCUAAUGGGGUUGGAAUAAAGGAGCUGUUUGGCUAUCUCUGUUAACGAUGGUUUGUUUAAGAAUCUUCCUGGUCACGUUUGUGUUUCGAUCUCUUAUGUUAUAAUUAGAUCAGAGACUGGUAGCAUCUUUUCUCUCUCUGGAAGCACCAGUGCCCAGAGUCUGCUCGGUAAUUAAAUUAUGGAUCCAGAUUGUUCUGGGGGAUGAAGAUGCUUGCUGCUGAUAGAGGUGAACACGAGAUCUGUCUGGGGUUGUACGGUGUGCGCUGGGUGCUGCACGGGCUUGUCAAGGUUUGCUCCGUCCUCUGGGCAUCGGCAAGGGCCCUGCUCUCUGGAGUGUUGUAUAUAGUGUAGCAAAAGAGUAUUUAUACAUCUCACCAAUCAAAACACAGCUUGAUUACCUCAUGCGAACUCAUACAAACCAAUAGAAUUUCAACAUGUUCUGUAGCUUAGAGUGCUCACUUACUACCUCUGAACAAUACUCACGCUGUAGUUCGUCUCUUUCUUACCUUUUUGCAUAUCUUGUAAUUAACUCUUUGUUUCCCUUCAUAAAACGUAAUUGUACAUUGUAAUCUUUUAAAAGAAAAAAAAAUCAGGGUUGCAUUUGCAACCUUUAAAAAACCGAGAGUGGAAACAUUGGGUCUUCAAUGAACACGGGAUCAGUAGAACUGUUGUAAAUACUGAGAAAGCAUUUUGAAUGUCCUUCAUCUUGUUACUAAUCCAUGCAAAAAAGAAAAAAAGAAAAAAAAAGCGGCGCCGAUCGUGAUGCAUUCGGAGUCCAGUAUUCGGUACCGUACACUUGACCCUGCGCGCUGGGGCCCCUCUCCUUCCUCUCUUUUUGUAUUGUAUGCGAUUCUGAAACUGAUUGAGUCAUGAAAAUAAUUUGUGGCGGUGAUUCUAAUGUAUUAAAAAUGUUUCGUGUUCCUUUCUAACUGGAUUACACCCUGGAUUGAAAAAGUCUUCCUCGUGGUAGCUCUAUGUAGUUUCAAACAUGAAUAAACUUUUUGCUUUCAUGAUUAAA